AUGGAUCGCAUCCGUCGCUUGGAAAAACUCGUCGCCUCUCUCGCAGCUGGGCAGCACGCAAAUUCUAGCAAUUCCUCAGAUAGUACUCGAGAAGUUAGAGAUCAAUCAUGGUCCAACACUUCGCAGGUUCAAGCUGGAGUUGAAGACUCGGGACAACAUGAGCUUGCUCAAAACGUCGGUCAGAUGAAGAUAAACGACGAUCAAGUGGUCUACUUCUCCGCGGCACAUUGGGAGACGGUACGCGAUGAGAUUGGCAUCAUCAAGGACUCACUAGAAGAGAAUGCCGCCUCUGAAAACACUCGUUCUUGCGAUCAACAAGAACCUGCGGGACCAUUGUUAUUGCAAGGUCUGUUCCGGCCGCCAGACUUCGAAAAUAUACUGGCUUCAAUGCCCGCCAAAAUAUUGGUCGAUCGUCUGGUAUCGCGGUAUCUUAGUUCCGAAGAUCCAUCAAUUGGUAUGUCAUCAUACUUACGUACGGGAGACAUUGUGCCGGCCAUGCUAGGCAACGCAAGCCUCGCCAUGUACAAUUUCCAUCGACGAGCCACAGAAUGUCUCUUGCUUUCGAACUACUUAAAGCCAAGUGCCUAUACCAUCGAGGCAUUGCUUUUGAAUCUUCAGUACGAGUUUGUUCGCAGCAUGGAGCUUGACGACGGCAUUUGGAUCAUGGCAGCCACUAUCAUUCGUCUGGCCAUGAGGGCUGGUUAUCACCGUGACCCAGCACAGUAUCCUCAACUCUCGUGUUUUCAAGGGGAGAUGAGGCGCCGAACCUGGGCCAUUAUCCUCCAGAUGGAUGCCUUAGUGGCUUCUCAAUUUAGUUUACCUCGAAUGAUCGCCGAGGAUCAAUGUGACACGCUUCUGCCUCGAAAUCUUCUUGAUGGAGAUUUUGACAGAAACACGAUCGAACUGCCACCAUCAAGACCAGGCAGAGACUAUACCCCAAUAUCCUUUACCAUUGCAAAAGGCCGAUUAUUGAGUGUUUUCGCGAAAGUUGUGAAUAAAGAACUCAACCAAGCGUACGCCUUGAUACCAGAACAACUCCGAAUGCGAAGUCCUGGAGAAUCAAUCACUGUGCCUUCUUCUCUUCUCAUUCGACGAUACCUCAUAGACGUGCUCUAUCACAAAGCAAGGUGUAUACUUCACCGUGGAUCUAUGACGAAGUCGAGACAUGACCACAUCUUCUCGUACUCGGCCUCGUCCUGCAUUGAUGCAGCGAUGAGUCUACUAACCCAUCAAUUUUCCAUACAUCAAGCAAAACAACAAGGACACAUUCUUCGCCGCGAGCGUUGGUGGCUGUCGUCUUUACAACGUAAUGAUUUCCUCCAUGCAGCGAUGAUCGUGUCUCUGGAGCUCGAUUUCAGACUUAAUCGUGGAACAAUGCCACUCAACGAAGCCGGUCAUACCGAGUACACUUCAGAAAGGUUAUUUCAAGCUCUUUACAAUGCGUCUCGUGCAUGGAAUGAGUCGGAUGACGAUUCGAAGCAACUGAUCCAAGCUCGUCAUAUAUUGUCAACAAUGCUCAGCAAGUUCGCGCCUUUAUUCACAAAAGUCGCGUAUCAGGAAUUUGCACGAACUGAAUAUGGUGGAAGUCAGACGGCCGUGAUUGAGAGUCGGAAGCCCCAAAUCGCGCGACCAGAAUGUCCACUGGAGGCGGUUCAUGCUCUCUUCGUACCGACUAGCCUCGAUGUAGAGGUGAAUGCUAUCGAUAAUAUGAUCAAUUCGCAGGAUGUGAUAGAUUGGGAGCUUUGGGAAUUGCAUUUGCGAAACAUAUCGGAAGGUCAGGAUGCAUGA